AUGAACAAAAAAAUAGUUGAUGAAGAAAUUAUUCAUUUACUUGAUAUACCUUCCGGCUCAGAAGAUGGGUUUGAGAUUGAGAGUGACGUUGAAAAUGAUAAGGUUGAUUUAUGGAAUGAGUAUGCAAAUUUAUUAGAUGAACCAAAUAUUGAGGAAUUUGAAAAACUUUUAUCCGAACAAUUUAGUACUGAGACAAUUCUUGAUGAUAAAGUUGAACUUCCAAUUUUCGAGCCUCAAACUUCAGCUAUUGAAACUAAUACCACUGAUUUAUUGUUGCCCWCUACAUCUUAUGUUCAACAAAUAACGUGUACAUUACAACGUUCCAAAAAAAAAUGUCAUCGAUCUAAACGUAAUAAUCCUGUACCACCUAUUAUUCAAAAUCAUAUUYCGAUUGAAAUAAAAGAUAUAACAUGGUCAAAAGAUAAUUUUCCACCUGUAGAUACUAAUUUUUUCGGAAACUCAACUUUAGCAGAAGAUAUUAUGGAAUUAGAGACACCUUUUCAAAUUUUUAAAUAUCUUUUUACUGUAGACUUGAUGCAACAUAUUUGUGAUGAAACUUAUAAAUAUGGUCUACAAAACAGUUUUUCUAAUCCGUUAAAAUUGUCUAUAGAUGAUUUACAAAAAUAUAUUGGGACCCGUGGACCAAAUCGUGAUAAAACUCACAAAAUAAGACCUAUUAUAGAAACUUUAAAAAACAGUUUUAGUCGUGUUCCGUUAGAAGAACAUUUAGCUGUUGACGAGCAAAUGUGUAGCACCAAAGCUAGAAGYUCGGUCAAAGUUUAUAUGCCUAACAAGCCACAUAAGUGGGGCUAUAAAUUGUUCGUUCUUAGUGGUGCUUCCGGUUUCGCUUAUAAUUUUGAACUUUUUACCGGCCAAGAAAACAAUUCAGAGUUACGAAAUAUAAAUGAACCAGAUUUAGGUUCCAGCGCUAAUGUUGUAGUUCGUCUAGCAAGAAUUAUACCUAAACGUCAAAAUUAUAAAUUGUUUUUUGAUAACUAUUACACAACCUUACCGCUAUUAGUUUAUUUGAAAAAAGAAAAUAUACUCUCCCUCGGUACUGUACGAAGAAAUAGRCUCAAGAAUGUAAUGUUGCCCGAUGAUUCAAUUAUGCUGAAAAAACCCAGAGGAACAUAUGAUCAUUGUGUCACUAAUAUUAGAAGUACAGAUAUAGUCGCGAUUACAUGGAAAGACACGAAAAAUGUAAAUUUAUUGUCAACUUUUGCUGCUAUUGAGCCUGUUACGAAAGUUAGUAGAUACGAUAGAAAAUUGAAUAAAARAGUAGAAGUGGACUGUCCUYAUAUUAUAAAAGUAUACAAUACUCACAUGGGAGGUGUCGACUUACUGGAURGUUUACUAGGAAGGCACAAAAUUMAAAUGCGAAGUCGCAAGUGGUAUAUGCGAUUAUUUCAUCACUUACUAGACGUCACCAUCGUAAAUUCUUGGCUAUUACACAAACGAAUCCAAAAACAAAAAUCAGAGAACGAUAAUAUUUUGCCACUAUUAGAAUUUAGAGAACAACUUGCCUUAAGUUUGUGCAAACUUGGUGAAAAUAAUACGCCAAAACGAGGACGCCCAUCGAAUGAUAUCGAAACAGGUAWAAUAAAAAAAGGAAAAUUAGGUACAAAACAAAAAGAAAUGGCACCACCAAAAGAAAUUAGGACGGAUAGAUAUGACCAUUGGCCAACGACCAAUCAGAAAAAAACUAGAU